CGCUCGCGGUUUGUUUUCAUUGUUGCACAAGCAGCGGUGUGUGAUCCGGUUGAAGAUUUCUGCUGCCGAAAAUAGUGAAUUAUUAGUAAAUUUUAUCAUAAUAACCGCUCCUGAUCCAAAGAAAUGAUGCCCAACGUGUCGGUGGUGCCCCUUUUGACGCGCCAGUUUGCCAUAUCAAGCCGAUACCUCUCGUCCAACACGGCAUCAAUCGUGAAGGUCCAUCGCAGUGUUUACGCAAGAAGGUACCCCACGAUGGUUGUCCUGCCGGAUGGGUCCACGAUCAACGUCAACUACCACGAACCCCGCCGAAUUAUCAAGCUUCCUUUGGACCUGAGCCUCUUGUCGGAAUCGGAACGAAAAGCGCGCCUGGAGAAGCGUAAACCCAAGCGGGUGAUUCACGUUGAGGACGAGGUGGAGGACAAUUUCAACGCUAGGAAGUAUGUUAACUUCAUCAAGAAGAAAUGAGAGGGACCGUUGUUUAAAAUACAGUUUGUUUCGGAUUAGUUGAAAGUGGACGAUUUUUAAUGAUGAAAAAACAUUCCUUUAUUCUUGCGGGUUUUAACUCGCGACUUCUAGCUUGAACGCCAUUAUCAGCAACAAUUCCAACAAUAUCGGUUUACCGUGCUUGUCUUUCUAAUCACACAAUGCAGAGGGUAUGACGAAUGAACGUUUUGUUCAAGGGAUAAAUAUUAAUGAUGUUCAUUUGCUAAACUUAUUCCUCUAGACAGUGCUUUUUAAUGGUGUGUAAAUUUUUGAUAUUUUACGUGUAGAGAAUAUUGAGAUAUUUUUCUUAAGCGCUAAACAAUAGUCUAAUGCCAUUUGUUUCUAUCACUUUUGCACUACGCGAUGAGUUUUGCGACGAAUAUAAGUACGCUAAUUUAUUGGUAAGUCCGAUCGCGCGGGUUGUUCUUGCUGCGAGACUGCAAAAACUUGGAUGAAGCCAUCCACAAACGCUAUUCAUUGCCGAUCGGAUGAGUUUAUUGCAACGCUUUCAGUUGAGGUCUACCUAAUUUAAAAAAAAAAAAACAGAAUUAUGAGUAAUGAAUUGCAAGGGAGAAAUGGUCUGAUAGUUUGAUCAAUUUGAUGACUAACCUAAAACUAUUGAAUUGAACAUCUUUUUACCACGGUGUUUCUCAAAAUCAAAACUGUUUGUUAUUCGCUUCAAAUUAAUCCAAAGAAAACAUCAAAAUGUUGUAGAAUUUCAGUAUAACUAACAAAACUUGUAGAUCAUAGAAAAAUUGUGCUUGUCAUUUGUCUGUAUGAGAAACAUGGUUUUUGAUAUUCAUAGUAUUUGACCACUGUGGUAUUGUAAGAAAAUUGCUUUGACAAAUGUAACGUUAAUUCGAUAGCUAGUGGUAGUAGUUCUCCAGUAAAAUUUUCAGUCUUUCAUUUUCUUCCAAGAAACUCCACUGAAACUAAACGGACUACCUUCUCUGACUUUUUGCUUCUGUUCAUAGUAGCUUCAGACCGUUAUCCAAAUAGAUUGGUUAAAUAUAUUAUCUAUAAAAAUAUCGCUAGCAAACGAGUAGGAGAAUACAACAUCACACGCACAACAUUUU